AUGAGCGAUCUCAACGUGUUCAGCUACUACCUCGGCUUCGAAGUGCAACAGAGUACUGCCGGCAUCACCAUCUGCCAAAGUACGUAUGCAAAGAAGCUGCUGGACACAACUGGACUUGCGGAUCAUAACCCUACAAGGACGCCAAUCGAGGCCCGGCUCCAGCUAAGGAAGGUCGGCACUGCGACGGCAGUCGACGCCACCCAUUACUGCAGCAUUGUCGAGAGCCUGCGCUAUCUGGUAAACACACGCCCUGACCUUACUUAUUCCGUUGGAUACGUGAGAAAAUUCAUGGAAGCACCUAGGGAGGAGCAUCUUGUGGCUAUCAAGCGCAUCCUGCGCUAUGUGGCUGGAACUAGAGGCUGGGGUGUGUGA